UGUUAGAUAGACAAGAUGUAGGUUGCCAUUUGGAAGGUGAAUGAAUAAUAACUGUCUCUUUCCCUCUUAAGUCGAUUAAAACCAGUAAAAUCUCAUCAAUUAGGUUUCUAUACUAAAAUUUAAAAGGAUCAUACUCCAAAUAAUGCAAACAUACGAAACGAUGGAGCUGUGUAAUGAAAUAUUUAAACAUUCAAACAAAAAGGCAAAAAAGAAAAAGACACCUAAGUAAUAGGUGCAUUUAUGAACGCUUUGAUGUCAGACGAAGGUCUGGUUCUAUCAAUAAGCAUAAAAUUUCCUUUUCUCUGAAUCAAGAUUCAGCAUCCUUGAAUUACAUUCCAUACUUGUAAUGAGAAUAUAUUACAAUAAUUGGCUCAAUUAGUUAAGAUUCGUCUUCUUCGACGAAAAAGUCUUAGGUUUGAAUUUUGUUGGUGGUCGCUUGUUAGGCUCAUCUCGAAUGCAUAAUCUGUAAACAUUUAUUUUAGGUUAUCAGGUAUAAUAUAUUUUGUUGUUAUAUGAGGGAUUAACUAACUUAUCUAUCUUGAAUAUUUUUUUACCAAAAAAAAAAUAUUAAGAGAAAGCCCUGUUUCCCUGUAAAAAGUUCGAGAAACUGCAUCUUUGAGGUAGCCGCGAGACAGGCCAGUGAAAAAAUCCAAGAUGGCUCGUGGAAAAUUGAGCAUGAAACUUCUAGAGCAUGAGAAGACUCGAGCUACAACACUUAAGAAGCGAAUGAAAGGCUUGAAAAAGAAGGCUUAUGAGUUCUCCAUCCUUUGCGAUGUGAAGGUUUGCAUGAUCAUUUUCGAACCCAAAUUGAAGGAUAGCCCUGCUAAGGUUGAAAUAUGGCCUUCAGAUCCUGAUCAGGUUAACAGCAUCAUCGACAAAUACAAGAGUAAGGCUGCAUCGGAUGCGCAAAAGAAAAUCUCUAUUAUAUUUCAUUUUUUCAGCAUACUUAGGAGACAGGUUCACGAUGAGGUUGCCCAUGUACGCAAAGCAAAUUUCGAAGCCAAGUUUCCAACAUGGAAUGAUCGUAUUGACAAUUUCUCCCCUGAAGAAAUUGCAUCGUUUCUUACUAAACUUGAUCUGAACCUUGAAGUUGAAAAUCGGAAGACCAUGUUGAUGAAGGGAGAUGAUCAGCAUAAUUUGAUGCAAUUCCAAAUCAAAGCCAAAUCCUUCUAUUACAUCCCUGCAGCCUCUCAUCUGAAGAAUCUAAACCAUUCUGAUAAGCACAUCCAAGCUCAUUUACCUGUCGAGAUUCUAAACCAUUUUGAUCACAUCAAAUCCUUUCCUCAAAAGAACGUGGAUUUUGGAGUUAUUUGGGAGCAACUUCCUCCCCCUACAAAACCCCUUAACAUACAACUACCUUCCCUUUCCCCUACUGAUGAGGCUCUUGUAAAGCUUCCCUCGGCCUAAAUCCCAUUGAUAAAGCGCUAAGGAUGUCGAUGAUGAAUAAUCUUGAUUUCAGUGUUCAAUCAGGGAUUGCAUCUAGUGGCAGCAUUAUACUAAACAAUGUGAUUUACAAUUCCCAGCAUUCGUUUCCUGGUCGUCAUGAUCCAAGAAUUGCCUUGACAAACAAUGUAAUGUUCAAUCCACCAUCAAUUCCAGUUCUUCAUGAUCCAAUGUCGACUGCCAUGCAAUGUGUUGUUCAAGGAGCCUAAGGCUGCAUUCCAAACUUGCUUCUAUGCUCCAUCCAUGCGACCAGAGUUGAAUACUAAUAAUCGGCAACAGUUGAUAAUGCAACGUGUGUUUCCUCAAAUGCUUCAUUCUGAGUUCACUGAUUUCAACCAUGACAUCAAUGAAUAAAAUGAGAUGAAAAACAAGGAACCAAGGUUUUAGUCAUGGGGUAAGAGUUUGAUUAUUUUAGAAUCACUACAAACUUGGGUGUUUGGAGGUAGUCUUUACAAUUACUUCCAUUUAGACUUCAGGUUUUAUUUGCACUGUUUUAUUUGGUUUUUUACCUAAGGUUAUACUAUUUCAAUUCGGAUUUUAACUUCAAUGUUGUUUCUAUCUGCUUUAGUUUGAUUUAUCCAAGAUUUUGAAUUAUUUUCUAAUCAAUGAUAAACCAUAUGACUCUGUAGAUCAAAUAAAGAAAUGAAAUAGUGAUCAAAAUAUAUAAUUUAAUCAAUAUUCAUCUUUUAUUUAACUCCUAGCUAAAUAUAUAUAUAUUUU